UUCGCACUAACAGCAUGCCCACAGGUUCGCAGAGCCCGAGCCCAAGCCCGGCGCACCCCAGCCCUCGUCCAGAUACGACAGCAAGCCGCCUCCGCCCAUUCCUCACCCCCAGCAGAACUCUGGACGUCCUCACCAAAACUCAGACCCGCGUCAUGCCGAUAUAAGGCGUUUAUCGCCGUCCCAGCCCCAGUUUGGCGGCGGCCACCAAUCUCCCAUGUCACCGCCCCCGAUGGCAUCGGGACCCCGACCGGCUGCUCAGAACCGCCCACCUCCUCAGAGCAGACCGCCACCUUCUCCGGCGCCGCAGGAGGGCGGGUCUGAUCCGACGUUGUUACCUCUUUUCAGAGCUGUGGAUAAAGAUGGUACCGGCCAGCUCUCGGAGAGAGAACUCAGCGCCGCCCUAGUCAACGGCGACUGGACGGCCUUCGACCUGCACACGGUGCGCAUGAUGAUACGCAUGUUCGACAGCGACCGGUCGGGUACCAUCGGCUUCGCCGAGUUCUGCGGCCUGUGGUCUUUUCUGGCGUCGUGGCGCACCCUGUUCGACCGCUUCGACGCUGACCGCAGCGGCAACAUCAGCCUAGAGGAAUUCAACAACGCUCUUGUCGCCUUCCGGUAUCGCCUCAGCCCCGGGUUCGUCGAUCUGCUCUUCCAGACGUACGACAAGCGCAACGAGGGCGUCAUGAGCUUCGACCUCUUCGUCCAGGCCUGCAUCAGCCUCAAGCGCAUGACGGAUGUGUUCAAGAAGUAUGAUGAUGAUCGGGAUGGAUAUAUCACAUUAAGCUUUGAGGAUUUCUUGACCGAGAUCUUAAAGCAGCUGAAGUGAGAGGGAAAGGGUGACUGGGAAUGACUUUCUGGCUCUUGCAUCUUGAUGUCGGAUGGGAACGAUGCGGAGAUAUUUUGUAAUAUUUCGCGUACACCGAUUAAUGAGAGCUGGAUACGCAUGAAAGAAUGACUGUGCUCAUGAAUUCGCCAAUACAUUCUACACAGCUUGUUUUUUUUUUUGCAGACUUGGCGACAUCACAAAAGAUAGAUACCCCAGGUCACAGAGGCAGAAUACCUGACCUGGUCAUGAGCUGACAUUGCAAACUUCCUAGUGUACCUCAAUGCCUUUUUGAAUGAAUGACAGACUCUGCCGGAACCGUGCAAUAUCCCUUGAUGAUUUUGGCAGUUUUUGACAAUUGGCAUUAAAUGCGGUAGUAAC